GCUCCCGGCGCAGACAUGGCCAAAGGUUUUUACAUCAGCAAGGCGGUGGCGGUGGGGGCGGGGGUGUUAGCCUUGGCUGCCGCCGCUACCGUCGUGGCACUGGCCGUGGUCUACGCGCAGGAGAAGAAUAAGAAUGAGGGGUCCGUGGGACCGGACGGCCCGGGGACCACCGUGCCGAGUGGCCCGGGGACCGAUGGGCCGAGUGGUCCGGGGACCACCGUGCCGAGCGGUUUGCGGACCAGCGCCCCGUUGCCCGCCGAGCCCUGGCAGCGGUACCGGCUGCCCACCUCCCUUCAGCCGUUGCACUACCAGGUGAGCCUGUGGCCACGGCUGGAGCCCGAGGCCGGAUCCCCGCUCCGCUACUUCUUCACCGGCAGCUGCUCGGUGCUGUUCCACUGUCAGCAGGCCACCGACAUGAUCCUGCUGCACAGUAACCAGCUGACGCGGCAUGGACCGGAGCUCACUCGGGUGUGGGACCAGAACGAGAAGCUGCUAACCGUGAAAAACAACUGGCUGGAGAAGGACACCCAGUACCUGGUCAUUAUCCUGGCAGCCCCGCUCACCGCCGGCAAAAACUACAGUCUCUUCAUCGAGUUCGAGGGACCGCUAGCCGACGACCUGAAAGGUUUCUACCGGAGUCAGUACAAGGACGAGACGGGACAGACCAGGAUCAUCGCCACCACCCAGAUGCAGCCGACCGACGCCAGGAAAGCCUUCCCCUGCUUCGACGAGCCAGCGAUGAAGGCCACGUUCACCAUCAGCCUGCUCCACGAACCGAAGAACACGGCAUUGUCCAACAUGCCCAUAUUGGAGAAUAAAAAUUUGACUAUUAAUAAUGUCGUCUGGACCAACACCACCUUUGAAACAACUCCCAAGAUGUCCACAUAUCUCCUUGCUUUUAUUGUUUGUGAUUUUGGUUACAUUGAGCAAGCGACAGAUAAACCUUUGAUCCGCAUAUGGGCUCGAAAGCAAGCGAUUAAUGAAGGACAGGGAAACUAUGCCCUCAAUGUCACAGGGCCAAUCCUCACAUUUUUUGCAAAAUAUUACAGAGUCGCCUAUCCGCUUCCAAAAUCAGACCAGAUUGCCCUUCCUGACUUUAAUGCUGGUGCGAUGGAGAAUUGGGGGCUGGUCACUUACCGCGAGACAGCACUUCUGUACGACCCAAAAGUGUCUUCCAACGGGAACAAGGAGAGAGUGGUCAAGGUGAUAGCACAUGAGCUGGCUCAUCAGUGGUUUGGAAACCUUGUAACUGUGAAAUGGUGGAAUGACCUGUGGCUGAAUGAAGGCUUUGCCUCUUAUGUUGAAUACCUGGGUGCAGAUUUUGUUGAACCAAAGUGGAAUGUGAAAGAUUUAACUGUGUUGGACGACGUUUACCGAGUGUUCGCCAUUGAUGCUUUGGCCUCAUCUCACCCGCUCUCGUCCAAAGAGGAUGAGGUUAACACACCUGCAGAGAUCAAUGAGCUCUUUGAUGCCAUUACAUACAGCAAGGGCGCCGCUGUUCUGCGGAUGUUGUCUGACUUCCUGACGGAGCCUAUCUUCGUGAAUGGGCUGAGCAGCUACCUUACUGAAUUUUCAUAUGGGAACACAGUAUAUGACGACCUCUUUGAUCAUCUUCAAAAGGCUGCAGAGGGCAAUGUCACAUUGCCAAACACAGUGCAUGAAAUUAUGAGUCGAUGGACACUGCAAAUGGGGUUCCCAGUGGUUACCAUUGACACGAUAACAGGAAUCGUCAAACAGAAUCAUUUCCUCCUUGAUCCAAAUUCAACCGUGACCCGUCCCUCAAACUUCAACUAUGUCUGGUUCGUGCCGAUUAGGUGGAUGAAACGAACCACAGUGCAGGACUUAACCUGGUUAAUGAAAAGUGAAGACACCAUACAAGAGAUGAGUUACACAGCGGACAACUGGAUCUUGGCAAACCUUAACGUUGUGGGAUAUUACCGAGUGAAUUACGAUGAGAGGAACUGGAACAACCUUGUUAAACAGUUGAAUAAUAACCAUGAGGUUAUACCGGUCAUAAACAGAGGCCAGAUAAUUGCUGACUCCUUCAAUCUCGCAAGAGCUCAGUACCGUACUACCACAGCAGCACUGAAUACAACCAGUUACCUGCACAAGGAGCGAGAAUAUAUUCCCUGGCAGGCAGCGCUGGAUAACCUGGCUUACAUUAGGAUCAUGUUUGACCGCAGUGGUGUUUUUGGAAACAUGGAGAAAUACCUGCUUCAGCAGGUGUCCCCAUUGUACGACUACUUUGCAAAUAUUACUGGAAACUGGACAACGCCUUCUGAAGGCCACAUGGAUCAGUACAAUGAGAUUGUUGCCAUGAGUGUGGCCUGUAGUUAUGGGCACCAGGACUGUCAGAACAAAGCACAGGUGCUUUUCAAGCAAUGGAUGAGCAACAACAGCAGUAAUCCGAUCCCACUGAACCUGAAGUCGACAGUUUACUGCAAUGCAAUAGCAUUAGGGGGAGAAGAGCAGUGGGACUUUGCAUGGAAAAUGUUCAAGGAAGCCACAAUUGCCACGGAGUCGGAUACGCUGCGAUAUGCUCUGGCCUGCACCAAAACAACAUGGCUGCUGAAUCGCUACCUUGAAUAUACGUUGCAGCCGGACAUGAUCAGGAAGCAGGAUGCCACCUCCACCAUUUCUGCCAUUGCUCGUAACGUGGUUGGCCAGUCCUUGGCAUGGGACUUUAUAAGAGCACAGUGGUCAUUCAUCUUUCAGCAGUAUGGUGGAGGCUCCUUUUCCUUCUCUUCGCUGAUAUCCAGUGUGACAGAAAGAUUUUCAACAGAGUUUGAGCUCAGUCAGCUCAAACAGUUCCAGAAGGACAACGAGCACAUUGGAUUUGGUUCUGGAUCUCGGGCGCUUGAGCAAGCCAUGGAGAAAACAAAGGCCAAUAUCAAAUGGGUGGCAGAAAACAAGAUUCCUGUUAAUGACUGGUUUAUCAAUGCCGUGCGUCAAAGUCCUUAACUGAAAGGCCAUUAGGAAAUGUAAAUAUGAGCUGACGAUGACAAGCACUGGAAGGAUUACAAGAUCUAACUCCAGCGGAGAAUGUAUUGUAUAUAAAAUGACAGGAAACUUUGGAGUCGGAUGCCAAGCCAUAUCUGAGUAAUGAUCUAUGAAAUAGUGAACUCAGACUGUGAUAACCACUAAAGUGAUGUGUACCCUGUCCUUCCCAUAUUGCAAGACUACUAUGCCAAGAUAUUGUGUUGAUUCAAUUUUAUGGUACAGGUUCUAAGACCUGGUGAAUCAUUUAUGCCUCAAUUAUUAAUCCAAAUAAUUAUUUUCAUUCUGGGUUGAGGAUGAUUACAUUUGUCACUGGUGCUACCUUCAGGGAGGGCAAAAAUAUAUUAUUUCUAUAUUGUUUCUGAAUUGGAAAAAAAAUCUGUUUACUCAAUUCAGAAUGUGAUUAUUGAAAGAGAAAAUACCUCUGGCAAUUCUGUUAUCAGGACUAAUCUAUAAAGAAAAGAUGCAUGACUUCUGUCGGAAUUCAGUGGGUCACGCAGCAUUUGUGGAUUUAAGGUCGACACAAAAUCAACUCAGCGGGACAGGCAGCAUCUCUGGAGAAAAGGAAUAGGUGAUGGUUUGGGUCGAGACCCUUCUUCAGCCUCAAAUUCAGGAUUAAAUUGGACAACGGAUGUUAUGAGUCAGGACUACUACAGAAUGAAGUCAUAGUCUGAAGAAGGGUCCCAAUCCAAAAUGUUGUCAGUCCAUUUCCUUCCACGGAUGCUGCCUGACCCACUGAGUUCCUCCAGAACUUUGUGUUUUGCUCAAGAUUCCAGCAUCUGUGGUCUCGUGUGAAACAAUCAAGUCUAUGCACUGAAGAAGGGUUUCGGCCCGAAACGUUGCCUAUUUCCUUCGCUCCAUAGAUGCUGCCGCCCCCGCUGAGUUUCUCCAGCACUUUUGUCUACCUAAUUCUAUGCACUGUCCACUGCAACAGCACACAGUUAAAACUUCAACUGCAAGUGAAAGCAACUUCCCAAGUAACAUUCUCAACAUUCCUGAAAAAUGCCACACACAUGUUUUAAAGAUUUGCUUCAUCCUGUGUGCCAAUAGCAAUCCCUCUGUACCUACUUGUUUACUAUGCUGCACCGUGCAGAAUUAAGGGAAGAAACGAAAGCCAUUCUUUGUUUUUACUGCAACAGUCAGAGUACCUAUUGGGAAACUACAGGGGGAAUAGAAUCUGCAUCUGUAGCAAUGUCAUCAAUGUUCAUUAUGUUUUUUUUCUCAAUAAAAAUUAACAUUCAAAAUUCCUCAAAAGCAUUGAUAUCAUGAAGUGUUAUUUAUUGCCGAGUCUGAUUCAGAUUAGUCGUGUACACCAGGGUGAAAUUAAAUUUCUUGUUCACAUGAAGCUCACAGUAAAAAAUAUAUUAAAAGCUAUGUCAAAUGCAAAUGUUGCUAGUUGUAGUGCAAUGCAAUAUAGUGAAAAACAAACAAGAUACAAG